AUGGACCGUCUCCGCCAACACCUCCGUCGUCGCCGCAGCAGUUCCGCCGGCACUAACCCUACCACCAGCAACUAUGGUACACCACUACAAUCUCCCCCAUCAGCCAACGACAAACACAGUCGUCGUCGCGAAGCAGAAGCCUCUCCCCCACGCAGACUGUACCUGACCUCCGAUACUCCCGACUUCGACGCGGGGAUCCUAUCGCGCUUCCGCGCCGAGGGCUUCGACGUCGAGUAUCUCCCCUUCCGGGGAUGUCAAAAUGCAGUAGAUGGCUGUGGAGAUGUAGAUAAAGAGCGCAAGGAAUUGGAGAAUCUGUUACAUGAGAGGGAAGAUGAUCUCGAGCCGGGGGAAAGAUAUGCUGUCGUUGCAUACAACAAACCCGCCCACCUCCUCCUCGAAUCCCACCAUCAACCACUAACAGCCACAAACCCCUUCCCCAGACUCUGUGCCCUAGUGGCAUACUACCCCGAAGGACCUCUCACCAGCACCAGCACCACCAACAACAGCAACUUCCUCACCAGUACAUCCCCAGAUACCUUUCGCGGAGCAACAGGAAGUACAGGAAGUACAUCCUCAACAACAACACCAACAACCUAUCCCCCCUCCGUCCCUCUCCUCUGUAUCCAAAUCCACCUCGCCGGUACUUCCACCACCACCUCCUCAAUCGCAGACACCCUCCUCAACAGCACCAAAAACCAUCCUCGGAAACGCCACCGCUGCCACGUCUUCACCUACCCCGAAUCAUCACCUAGAUUCGCUGAGCCUUCUUCGUCGAACUAUGACAGGCUCUCCGCACGCCUAGCGUGGUCUCGCGCCCUCGAGACCCUAAAGCGGGGGUUCGGAUGGCCCGCGACGAAAUGGCGCGUGCCUGAUGUCGAGAACGUGUGGGAGGAGUAUUGGCGGUGUUUAUCGUCUUCGUCUUCAUCUUCCACUUCUGCGGAAGGGGGUAGUGAACGAGACGAAGAAGACGAGCGCAGUCACCGCGCAGCAGAACUGGUAGGGUUAAUGGUGGGCAGUGGAAUGGGGGUGCAGAUGGAGAGUGUGCAUAGUAGUGGGAGUUCUUCCUCACAUUUAUAUACUGGUGCCGGGAAGGGCACAGAGACAGAGACAUGCACGAUUGAAGAGUCGCCCGUCGUGGUGUGUGUGCCUACUUGUGCUGGUGGAACAACCCCCUCCACCAUAACGAAAUUCUACACCAACAGCCACUUCCUCUCUCCCACUCCCUCCCCCUCUAAUCAAUCCAUCCGUCUGCUCUCCCGCACUACAGGGCCUGAUCGCAUCGUCGAUGAACUUCUCCUAACCUUCACGCACGAUCGUGCUAUCCCCUGGUUACUGCCGAAUCUGCCCCCGACGGGGAAGGACGUCAAAGUGGCGUUGGUGCUGGUGGCCAGUUUCACGGCGGGAAAGGUCGCCCGCGUGCAUGCUUAUUGGGAUCAGGCCAGUGUGUUGGUGCAGGUGGGGGUAUUGAGUCGGGAUGGGUUGCCUGUUGUUGGGGCGGAGGGGGUGGAUAUGGUUGUUUCUUAG